AUGCUUGUUGAGAAGGAGAAAGUUGUGCUGAUCGAUUUCCCACAGAUGGUGAGCAUGGAUCAUACCAACGCAAAGUACUAUUUCGAUCGGGAUGUGGAAUGUGUUCGAACUUUAUUCAAGCGCAAAUUCAACUACUUGUGCGAUGAAUAUCCGAAGUUUGAGGAUAUGACAAGAAAAUUCAACCUCGAUGUUCAACUAGAAGCUAGUGGUUUCACGAAGAAGAUGGCCGAAGAUCUGAAUAAAGCGUACGAUGAAGGAAACUUCCUGAUGCAUGAAGAACAAAAUAAAGAGGCCACGAGUUCGGAUGAGUCUGGCAAUGGAGAUGAGGAAGAAGUGGAGUGGGGCAGCGAAUUGAGCGAGGUCGAAGAAGAGGAUGAGGAUGAAGCCGAUGAUAUCGACAAAGAAGAGCAAGUAGCUGAGGAACAGGAGAAUAAGAAAAAGGAACAAGAGCUCAAUAAAUCGUCACGAUUCGAUUCUUGGCUUAAAGAUGCCACGUCGCAGCUAGAUGAGAUUUGCGAACAAGAGGGAGGCGAAGAGCACAACUUAGUUGACCAUCCAAGGAUAGUUCAAGCUGCGGAAGAAGCAAGAAGAGAUCGUGAGGCGUACAUCAAGGCACGAGAAGAAGCUGAUCAAGAGGAAUUGGAGGCGAUUGAACGAGAAAUCGGUGGUGAUGCACAAGAGGACAAUGCAAAGCGACAAACUAAAAAGAUUAAGACUGGAACAAAAUCUGUGCGCUCGACGUCUACAUCAAUUCCCCCAGAUGAAAUCAAAAGAAGAGUAGCAUUGGAAGCAAAGCGAAAUAAGGAGAAAGUUCGUCUGAAGGUCAAGGGUCGUCAAUCUGCGGUGAAUCGUUAUUCGCACUUCAUUGUUGAAGGCAACGGUGAAAUGGCGAGCAAUGGGCACUUGUGCAAGCACAUGGCCGCCGCGGAUGCUGUGAUUCCUCCGGACUUUGAGCUUCCGGUUGAUGCGUUCGAUAUCCCGCAUUGCUACGAAGGAGAUCUGGGAGCGGUGAUUGUACCAGAAGGAAUGAUCAAGGAUCGUGUGAGGAGACUUGCUAAGGAUAUACACGCAAAAAUUGGAGACAACGAGCUGAGCUUACUCUGUGUGCUCAAAGGAAGCUACAAAUUUUUCACAGCAUUGGUUGACGAGUUGGCGUACGCUCGCUCCUCAUGCACUCAACCCAUGACCGUUGACUUUAUCAGAUGUCAGAGCUAUGAGGAUACACAAUCGACAGGUAUGAUUCAAAUCAUCGGACUCAGCAACCUUCAAGAGCUCAAAGGAAAGAACGUAUUGAUAGUUGAAGACAUUGUCGACUCGGGGCAAACGUUGGCUCGGCUGCUUCACACUCUCGAGGAAUUGGGCGCACAAAAAACUUGGACGACGACCUUGUUGAGCAAAAAUGUCCCGAGAAAGGUUGAUGUGAAAGAGGACUUUGUCGCGUUUCGAAUCCCGGACAAAUUCAUAGUCGGCUACGGUUUGGACUACAAUCAGAAAUUCCGCGACCUCAACCACAUUUGCCAAAGAUCCGACAAUCCGCCGGGGAUCGUUUUGAGAAAGUGCAACUCGCAAAGGAUCGAGAUUCAGCGAAGCGUUGAAGUUCACAAGCCACCGGCUCGCGUUCGUUCGAUCACUUCUGAAGGUCCAAGCUUCAAGCAAACCGAGCAAACGCCUCUUGAUGUUAAUCAGAAGAAAGCUGACGAUUUGCCUCGCAAAAAACUCUCGGGGAAACCAAAGGAUUCGCAAAAAACGUCAGCGAAAGAGAAAGAAAAAAUACCACUUAAUGAAGUGAUAGAGCCAAAGUCGAAAGCUGGGCCGAUUAUGAAGAGCAGCUGUGCUGAUGAUUCGUUGCGCGAGUUCAGGAACACCGUGCCCGACUACGAGGCUGAGGCCGAGGCCGACUACGGGGAAAUC